GGGCCAGAGGCGGGCUCAGCUGGGAGGCGGGCGGGGCGGCUGGGGCCGAGCCCAGAGCCCCGGGCGGUCGCAUUGUUUUCCUCCGCCGAUCUGCGGCGGGAAUAGGGGCUCCUACUCGGACCCAAGACUCGGGUAACCCGACAGUGCCCUGGAUCCUAAAUCUAAGCACGAUUCAGACGGGACGCUCGUCGCGUCUUGCCGUAGCCCCAACCACGGAUUGCGAACUCUGCGCGGCGCGGAGCUAGCGGCCGUCUGCUGCUCCCUGGACCUUGCUGACCCGGAUCUCGGAGCAAGUACCUAGGGAUCAGAGGGCACCUAUCCCUCUCCGUCCCCCAAGACCCACCACCCCAGAGGCAGCCUGAUGAGGGAAGAAGGGGAAAGCGGGGCACGUUCAGCCAUUUCUUCUCACCCGUCCUUUCUAUCCUUCGCUCAGCAUAGGGGGGCCAGCAUAUGGGUGACGGGGUACCCCCUGGGGCUUGAGCUGCCCCGCACAGGAUGCCCCGUGCCCCCCACUCCAUGCCCUUGCUGCUGCUGUUGUUGCUGUCACUCCCCCAAGCCCAGGCUGCCUUUCCCCAGGACCCCAUCCCUCUGUUGACCUCUAACCUACAAGGUACCUCUCCAUCAUCCUGGUUCCGGGGUCUGGAGGAUGAUGCUGUGGCUGUGGAACUUGGGCUGGACUUUCAGCGAUUCCUGACCUUGAACCGGACCUUGCUUGUGGCUGCCCGGGAUCACGUUUUCUCCUUCGAUCUUCAAGCCCAAGAAGAAGGGGAGGGGCUGGUGCCCAACAAGUUUCUGACAUGGAGGAGCCAAGAUAUGGAGAACUGUGCUGUCCGGGGAAAGCUGACGGACGAAUGCUACAACUACAUCCGUGUUCUUGUUCCCUGGAACUCGCAGACACUCCUUGCCUGUGGAACAAAUUCCUUCAGCCCUAUGUGCCGCAGCUAUGGGAUAACAUCUCUGCAACAGGAGGGUGAGGAGCUGAGUGGGCAAGCUCGAUGCCCCUUUGAUGCCACGCAGUCCACUGUGGCCAUCUUUGCAGAGGGCAGUUUGUACUCAGCCACAGCAGCAGAUUUCCAGGCCAGUGAUGCUGUAGUUUACAGAAGCCUUGGAUCUCAGCCCCCACUCCGUUCUGCAAAGUAUGACUCCAAGUGGCUUCGAGAGCCACACUUUGUCUAUGCUUUGGAGCAUGGAGAACAUGUCUACUUCUUCUUCCGAGAAGUGUCUGUGGAGGAUGCCCGCCUGGGGAGGGUGCAGUUUUCCCGGGUAGCCCGGGUAUGUAAACGUGACAUGGGUGGCUCACCUCGAGCCUUGGAUCGCCACUGGACAUCCUUCCUUAAGCUGAGGCUCAACUGCUCUGUCCCCGGGGACUCUACCUUCUAUUUUGACGUCUUACAGUCCUUAACCGGGCCUGUGAACCUCCAUGGCCGCUCUGCUCUCUUUGGGGUCUUCACUACUCAGACCAAUAGCAUUCCUGGGUCUGCAGUCUGCGCCUUCUACCUAGAUGAUAUUGAACGUGGCUUUGAGGGCAAGUUCAAGGAGCAGAGGAGUCUGGAUGGGGCCUGGACUCCUGUGUCUGAGGACAAGGUCCCCUCACCCAGGCCAGGGUCCUGUGCAGGUGUGGGUGCAGCUGCCUUGUUCUCCUCCUCUCAAGACCUACCCGAUGAUGUCCUGCUCUUCAUCAAGGCACACCCGCUGCUGGACCCUGCUGUGCCACCUGCCACCCAUCAACCACUGCUCACUCUGACUAGCAGGGCUCUACUGACCCAGGUAGCUGUGGACGGGAUGGCUGGUCCCCACAGAAAUAUUACAGUCCUGUUUCUCGGCUCCACUGAUGGGACAGUGCUGAAGGUGCUACCUCCAGGGGGACAGUCUCUGGGACCUGAGCCUAUCAUAUUGGAAGAGAUUGACGCUUACAGCCAUGCCCGGUGCAGUGGAAAGCGGUCAGCCCGAGCUGCGCGGCGGAUCAUAGGGCUGGAGCUGGACACUGAGGGUCACAGGCUUUUUGUGGCCUUUCCUGGAUGUAUCGUCUACCUCUCUCUCAGCCGCUGUGCCCGGCAUGGAGCAUGUCAGAGGAGCUGCCUAGCUUCUCUGGACCCAUAUUGUGGAUGGCAUAGAUUCAGAGGCUGCGUGAAUAUCAGGGGACCUGGUGGGACUGAUGUGGAUCUGACUGGGAACCUGGAAUCCAUGGAGCAUGGUGACUGCCAAGAUGGAGCGACCGGGAGUCAGUCUGGCCCUGGAGAUUCUGCUUAUGUGCUUCUGGGUCCUGGCCCUUCCCCUGAGACCCCCAGUUCCCCCAGUGAUGCCCACCCAGGGCCCCAGUCUUCCACUCUUGGAGCUCACACGCAGGGCGUGCGCAGGGACCUUCCCCCAGCCUCAGCCUCCCGAUCCAUCCCCAUCCCACUCCUCCUGGCCUGUGUGGCGGCGGCCUUCGCUUUGGGCGCCUCAGUCUCCGGCCUUUUGGUGUCCUGUGCUUGUCGUCGCGCGAACCACCGUCGGAGCAAGGACAUCGAGACCCCGGGGCUGCCUCGCCCCCUCUCCCUUCGCAGUCUGGCGCGGCUGCACAGUGGCGGUCCUGAGCCCCCGCCUCCCCCCAAGGAUGGAGAUGCAGCGCAAACGCCCCAGCUCUACACUACCUUCCUGCCUCCUCCUGAGGGCGGAUCCCCACCGGAGCUGGCCUGCCUGCCCACCCCGGAGACCACGCCCGAGCUGCCGGUGAAGCACUUUCGUGCCUCCGGGGGUCCCUGGGAGUGGAACCAGAAUGGGAACAACGCCUCGGAGGGCCCAGGCCGCCCACGGGGCUGCAGCGCGGCGGGCGGGCCCGCACCGCGCGUGCUUGUGAGGCCACCGCCCCCUGGCUGCCCCGGGCAGGCGGUGGAGGUGACCACGUUGGAGGAACUGCUGCGCUACCUGCACGGCCCGCAGCCGCCCAGGAAGGGCAGUGAACCUCUCUCCUCCGCCCCGUUCACCUCGAGGCCGCCUGCCUCGGAGCCCGGCGCCGCCCUGUUCGCGGACUCCAGCCCGAUGCCGAGGGAUUGCGUGCCCCCGCUGAGGCUCGACGUGCCGCCCGACGGCAAGCGCGCGGCCCCGGGCGGGCGGCCUGCUCUCUCGGCCCCAGCUCCGCGCCUGGGCGUCGGCGGCAGCCGCAGAUUGCCCUUCCCCACGCACCGGGCGCCCCCGGGGCUGCUCACGCGAGUCCCCUCGGGAGGCCCGGCCAGGUACUCCGGGGGGCCCGGGAGGCACCUCCUGUACCUGGGCCGACCCGACGGCCACCGCGGCCGCUCCCUCAAGAGGGUGGACAUGAAGUCUCCGCUGUCGCCCAAGCCGCCCCUCGCCUCCCCGCCGCAGCCCGCUCCGCACGGCGGUCAUUUUAACUUCUGACGGAAGCUGCUAGCGCCCGUCGAGGCGCUGGAGGCCCAGGCCUGCGGAGGCCGCCGGCCUUCCCGGACUCCGAGAGUCUCCCGGGGCCCCCUCGCGCCUCGGUUUAUUUAUUGACUGUCUUUGCCCCUGUCCUUUGGCGAGGAGCUCGCCCCUCGUAGCGCCAGCAUUUCAGGGGACCUGGCCGACUCCCACUCCCCGCUCCCUUCCAGCCACGCUGCCUUAAGUCGCCGCUCCGGACUCCCGCGGACUGGGCCCCGGGCGGGCCGGCCGGGGCUGGAGCCGCGCGCUGUGUACAGAGUCCUCGGGCCUCCCGGGGCCGGGACGUGCCUCCUCCUACUGUGUAGGAGCCCCCGCUUCCCAAUACAGCCGUGUCCCCUAGCCGCUGCCUGACUUUCCUCGCGGUGCGGGAGGGGAAGGAGGGCGGGGCCGCCCGGCCCUCUGGGUACCUGUGCUCCUCAAAGUCGGCCUCCACUUCGCCUCGGCCCCCAAGUCUCUCCGGAGCAAUUGGCUUGGCGGGUGUCCCUCCGGGGUUAAUCAGGAAAGGUUUCCUGAAGGAGGCAAGCAAAGACCUGGUGUGUGUGGGAUGAGCCGGGGCCCAGGAGAGCAGCGGGUACUGAUUGGGGGUGCUGGGGAAGGCGCUCAGCACGUUUCUGGAUAGAGGUCAGGCACCUUUCCACGGCCUACACUAUGGGGUGGGAGAGGGAACUUUUGGAGAAAUAAAACGAAGCUGCUGCGUGAUUUGAAUUUCA